CACAGAGGUCUUCAGCCAGCCCCUCGUCUAUCUGCCUGUCACUGUGUGUUCACGUGUGUGUUCGUGUGUGUUCGUGUGUGUGUCAGUGUGUGUGUCAGUGGACGGGACACGUUGUGAGCACCUCUCUGUGGAAAAACGGUGUAAGCUGUGAGGUGUGAAGUGUGUGGGCUGGGACGGGCUCUGGGCUGGAUCAGGAUCUGCCUCUCAACAGGCGGCCCCUCUCUCUCUCACACUCACCGGUAAGAAUCAUCUGUGCACGGAGGCGCAGCGAAGUUUCAUCUGUGGGAAACUUUUUUUUUGGGAAUAUAAGACGUCGUAUUUUUUUUUGUGAUCAUUUUGCCGGUUACAGCCUCUUUCCCACAUGUCCCCGUCUGGCUCCGUCUGAGGACUUGGCGUUUCUUUGGUGGACUGGAGGCAGUGGUGGGUAGCUGGUCCGUGGUAGGAUUUUCCAAAAGAGUGUUCAGACAAGGUCAGCGCGGAUGGGACUUAUAAGACUUCAGAAAGGGCCUGGUUGGGAAAGGGUGUGAGAAUGGACAACCUUUCUGACUUUGGUGUCCCUUGCUCGUCUGCCCAUAGGGAAUGGGACACCAACAGCUGCGUGGAGGAUUUAAUGGAUGACGAUGAGAAAGACAGGGCAAAAAGGGCAUCCCGUAACAAAUCGGAAAAGAAAAGAAGAGACCAAUUCAAUGUGCUCAUCAAGGAGCUAUGCACUAUGCUGCAGGGCCAAGGCCAUCCACGCAAGAUGGACAAGUCCACCAUACUGCAGAGAACUAUUGAUUUCUUGCAGAAACAGAAAGACAUCACUGCACAGAAUGAAACCUGUGAUGUGAGACAGGACUGGAAGCCUUCGUUCCUCAGUAAUGAGGAGUUCACUCAGCUAAUGCUGGAGGCCCUAGAUGGCUUCUUGGUAGCAUUAACUACAGAUGGAAACAUCAUAUACGUAUCUGACAGUGUGUCUUCACUUACUGGCCAUUUACCGUCAGAUAUGGUGGACCAAAAUAUCUUGAAUUUCCUCCCGGAGCGGGAACAUGGCGAGGUGUAUAAGCUGCUAUCCUCCCACAUGCUGAUGACUGACCCCAUUGCUGCUGACUUCCUUGACAGUGAGGCACAUAUUGAAUUUUGCUGUCAUCUAGCGAGAGGUAACAUUGACCCAAAAGAGCCACCUGUGUACGAGUAUGUCAAGUUUGUUGGAGAGUUCAAGUUUCAUAACAAUGUGCCUAGAUCUUGUAACGGGCUUGAGAUGUCGCUACCAAGAAGCCUACAGUCAGCACUGGAGGAGCAGGUCUGCCUCAUUGCUACUGUACGAUUAGUCACUCCACAGUUUGUCAAGGAUUUGUGUAAUGUGGAAGAUCCUUGUGAUGAGUUCACUUCCAGACACAGCCUUGAAUGGAAGUUUCUGUUUUUAGAUCACAGAGCUUCACCAAUCAUAGGCUAUUUACCCUUUGAGGUUCUUGGAACAUCUGGCUAUGAUUACUAUCAUGUAGAUGACUUGGAGCUUAUAGCUCAGUGUCACAAUCAGUUAAUGCAGUUUGGAAAGGGUAAAUCGUGUUACUAUCGCUUCCUCACCAAAGGUCAGCAGUGGAUUUGGUUGCAGACUCACUACUACAUCACUUACCACCAGUGGAACUCCAAACCUGAGUUCAUUGUCUGCACUCACACUGUUGUCAGUUAUGCUGAGGUGCGAGCUGAAAGGAGGAGAGCGUUUGGCCUUGAGGAGCUGUCUCCACCUGAGAUAGCUCCCUCCUCUGUGAAGGCUCAAGAGCUGUACUUGGACAUCUGCUCCACACUGGACCCAGCACGGGACAGAAACAGUGGUGCACGUUCAGUAUCCUCCCACAGCUCCCGGAAGUCCUCCCACACAGCGCUGUCAGACUCUGCAUCUAACUCCUACACAGAGGCCUGCACACCCUCGUGGCAGUCUGCUUCCAUUGGGACGGAGAAGACGUCUGCCAGACUCCAGCCUAGUAGUUCAAAGAAUUUGGCACAAAGACAAAAUUCCUUUGACCUCGUCCCCCAAAUGAGCCUCCCCCUUUCUCCUACCUGCAGCAACCACUCCGCAAUGCAACAGCAAACACAGCAGCAGCCUCAGCCACAGUCGUCCAUGUAUCAGCUGCAGCAGCCUCAGCUCGGAGUGAUGAACCAGCUGAAGGAGCAGCUGGAGGAGAGGACGCGAAUUCUGCAGGCUGACAUUAAGACACAGCAGCAGGAGUUGCAUGACAUAAAGGAAAAGCUUCACUUGGCUAACCUCCAGAUGCUGUUACAGCAGCCUGUCCACGAUGACUUUGGCCAGGCCCAGCAGCAGGGCCCGGGCAGGCCGGCCCAGCAGAGCCAGUCAGGGGUGAUCAGGCAGCACUCAGGCCACCCAAAACCACCAGCCUGCGGGGCCCACAGCUCGUCCCCUCACUCACUCCUGAGAGAGAACAGCUCACCCUCCACACAGGUCCAGCAAAGAACUGCACGGGACGGGCAAGUACAGGCAGUGAGUCUGCCCGUGCAGACGAACACGAGUCUGACGAUGCCCUUCUACAGCAACCCCAUGAUGUUCUCCCAGACUAACACGCGGCCUCUGCAGGAUGCAAACCAAAGACACACAGACAACGAGUUCAACCAAGAUGGACAACUACGCAUGCUUCUCAACCAACCAAUGCAGACGCUGGUUCCCACUAGCAGUGUCACCUCACAGCCUUCCCAGUGCAACAUGGGCAUCUCCCAAACCAUAUACACCUUGGAGCAGCAGAUCCUCGCCCCGUCGUUCUCCAUGCAACAGGUCAACUGCAACGCUGUCCUUGUGCCCUCCCCGGUAUUCACAUCACCCAUCAUGUUCCCGCACAACAGUUUCAUCCCACCCCAGUCUCAGUCAACCUACCACACUCAGCCUCAGGCCUCCCAGCACUCCCUUCAGCUACAACAGCCCCAGCAGUUCUUUCAGAUGACUCAAGGACUUGUACAUGGUGGUUCUACUCCAGCAUUCUUACACGCCACUAAUGUUCCACAGCAAAGCACUGUGGGAUACAUCCAGCAGCAGCAGCAGCAGCAACAGCCGCAAGCACAGCAGCAGCAGCAAAGGCAGUACCAACAUUCCCAAAACCAGACUGGCAGUGUUUCAGACUUCCGAAAUAUGCUGACCCGGUAGCGCUGUGGACUCUGUCAUAGCGCUGAGGUCUCCCUCUGUGUCGUCGCCAUGUUGUGGCAUUUGAAGUCAAACUUGACGUCAUGUUCUGCAAGACAAAUGCUGGAAAGUGGAAAAUCGCUCAUAGUGACCCUUUUGAUGUGAAGCUGCCUGUUCAGAGGAAGGAGUGGAGCGAUAAAAACCACAAGCAGAAGCUGCGCUGACCUGACGUCAGCCUGUGGGGCUGAGCCCACUUCACGCUCAGUCGUCAGUCAGUGACGCUGCUAGAACAAGUGGAUUAUCAAAGCUCUCAAGAAGACACAAUUUUCACAUGUUUACAUGUGGACGUUUUCAUCUAACACAGAGAGUUUCCUUCUAAGUGUCUGUUUGCACCCCCCCAAAUAUUCUAUUUUCCUCUCUAAUAAUGGCUCAUCAGUGAGAUUAGUUUUCAUACCUAAAACUUGACACCCCGCCCCAGCAACAUAAUAUCACCCCUGGUCCGAACUUAACGAUGAAAAUGCUUCAUCUCAUGAGGGAAUGAGAUCAGAGUGUGUUUCAGGUGUUGAUCCCAUUUUGUCCCAACAAGCAAAGAUUUACUUGCAGGAAUGUUUGUGGCAGGUUGCUUGAGAGGAGCUUUACAGCUUUAUGAUUGUGGCACAUGCAGUAAUAAGAUGACUAUCAUAUCUAACAUCAGGCGUAAUCAGAUGUAACAUGCUACACUGGGAAACUGGAGGGAGGGAGAUCCUCCAAUAACUAGAAAGGUCUAUCUAGAUUUUUAAAGCCUCAAUCUGGGACUGACGAUGGAGUGUUACGACUAUAACACCACUUCUCACAGAGAGUGAUGGCAAAGCUCUGAAGUCCUGAUGCUUCUGAUGAAGUCUGCAGCACGAGACUUCAGGUGAAAAACAAGCUACCAGAGGGGGGGAAACAAUGUGUGCCUUUAACCGUGGUGCGGUUUGAUGGUUUAGUCUGAUUACGGCUUUAAAAAUCCAGCUCAGGUCCAUUUGGAAUACAAAGUUAUAUUUUCGUAGGUCAUAAUUUAUUUUCAGCAUCAGAUUAAAACAAAGGACAUCUAGAUUUGUAUUGGAUAUAUUACAAAUAUAUAUUGGCUGCUUUUUGCAACCGUGAAAAUCUGUAUUUCCAAAAUCUUUCUUUAAUGAUAGUAUCUAAUAAGAUUCAUUUAAGUAUUUACUGAAACCCUAAUGAAAUGAUUUAAUGUUUUAUUUAUUACAGAUAUAUUUGAAACAAUAUAUCAGAUAAGAAAGUAGUUUUAUAUUGAUUUAAUGUUCAUACAGACAUUAAAAGGUCAACACUGGUCUUAAUGUCUCACCCCAUCAUGUUUUUAUGAGAAGAGUGCAACACCUCUUAUCUGUGUGUUUUCCACGAUGCAGCAAACUGCAGCAGCGAGGAUCUCAGAAACAGUGAGAAGAGAUUUUCUGCCUGCUGUGAUUUCUCUGAACUGUUGCCCUGUUUAUUUAAGUCUGGUCAUUUGAUCGCAUCAGUUCAAACGCCUGAAGUCAUGACAUUUUGUUCCAAUUAUGAGCAGCUGGGCUCAUUGACAAGUGAAUAACACACUGCUUCCUGCUACGAAUGUGAUCUCAUUGGAAAAAAAGAGCAGAUAAUUCAUUUACCUUGAAAACAAGGCCACCUCCAAUGUGCUACUUUGUGAAAUAUAAUACAACAAAAACACUAAAUUUGUCUUUAUGUUGAAUUAUCAAAAAUUGGUCUUUCAUAUGUCUGAAAGUGAUUUGCGGAGUCGGUUCUGUCUGGACGUUGAGAUCUCAUUCUUUACACACUGUGCUGGUUCUAACUGUGUUUGGGAAAAUCUCCUGAGCCGUUAGUUUUUGAGAGAGCCGUACGUCCAACUACUCAUCUCUUGUAACCACACUCCUAAUCUCAAACAGUCAGUGUGGACAUAAAGGUUGAGAUCUGAUGUGCUGAGAUGACAGUGGUAACAGAAUGAGGUGCGGAGGGGUUCGGUGGAGCCAUAUUUGCAGUUGAACAAUGUCAAGGAAAAAAACGUACGUGCCUCUCUGUCUGUGAUGACAAUCACACGCUACUUGUAACGGUGCACUGUGCAAGACCUGCCUGCGUCAGAGUCUGACGUUAUGAUCAUUUAUAUCCGACAAUCUUCUACCUUCAAUUUCGUGUUACAUGUUAGUUCCCUACAGAAGCAUAUUGCAUUCACUUGAGAAAAAGUCCUUCUCUUUUUUCUAAAUUUACAUGAUCAUUUUCUGUUGACACGAGGAAAAAACAAUCUGCUCUGUUUUUAUGGAAUUACGAGAGAUGAAA